UAGCUUGUUUUUUGUGUCCCGCGAUUGAUAAUGUGCUCAUCUGAUAACUCAUUCAAAAAGAGUAAUUAUUUUAGUAACAUAAUUUUUUAGUACAUGAAAAUAAAUAUUGAUGUAAUUUUAACUCUUUAAAAUGUCUGAGGUAUUUUCUGAGAUUGUAGAAAAUAUAAAACAUGAAAAAAUUGAAUUAGUAUGUGAUUUAGUCAGUAAAGAAAUUUCUUGCCAAACUUUCACAUUUCUACAGUUUGUGGAAAGCUUAGAAGAAUUAUUAACUUCUAGUGAUAAAAAUAUUCGUUUAAAUGGUCUCAAAGCAUUUGUGGCGGUUAUUUCUAAAAUGCCUUUAGAUUUUUUUAAGUCAGACGAACUAGAUUUCAUAUAUAAAUUUUUAUGUGAGCGUUUUAUUGAUCACCAUUCAUUUGUUCCAACUAUUUUGAUUGGUAUUAAAAAUACAAUAAAAAUGACACAUAUUAAAAAAGAAAUGAUUAUUAGAUUUUUUAAUGUUAUUAUGCCUCAUUUCCAUUGUCAAUCACAGCUUCAAAAAGAUAGGAACAUAUUUUUUCAUAUACUACAUUAUGUUUUUAUAAAUCAUUUAAAUGAUAUACAUUUCCUAGGACCAGAUUUUGUUUAUUGUGUUAUUUCUUCAAUAGAUGGUGAAAGAGAUCCUUCUAAUUUAUCUUUACUGUUUAAAAUUUUGCCACAAUUUUUUUGCAAUUAUCCUCUUGGUCAUUUGGCUGAAGAAGCAUUUGAUGUUAUUGCAUGUUAUUUUCCUAUUGAUUUUCGAGAAAAUAAAGAAAGUAAAAUAAACAGAAUUGAUUUGGCAUUAAAUUUAGCCCGUUGUCUUACAUGUGUUGAAGACUUUGCUUGUUUCAGUAUUCUUUUAGCUUUAGAAAAAUUAGAAGCAAGUCAAGAAGUUGCAAAAUUAGACUCAUUACAUCUUUUGAAAUUAUGUUGUGAAAAUUUUAGUUCAAAAAUUAUUAAAGAACAUAUGGAAGAAAUAUGGCGUAUUCUAAAAUUUAUUAUUAUGUCAGACACGGAUGAUACUUCAGAUGUAGUACGAGAAGCUGCUAUAAGUGUAUUAACUGCUUUAUUAUAUUCUUUAGCAAUUAUAAAAGGGCAAGACAAUGAAGAACAGCUUUUGAAUUUUAUAGACAUCAUUUUAAAAAGUUCAGAUAGAUUUUUAUCUAAUGCCCAAACAACACUAUUUAUACCCUCAAUUAAGUUACUAUGUAAUGUGGGAAUUACUUCAAAAUAUGCUUGUAGAAGGAUUGCUGAAAAAAUCUAUUUUAUGUUUUUGGACAAAAGUAAUUUAUCGCCGUCUGAAGUACCACAAAUUUUACAAGCUCUAAGUUUAAUUACAAAUAUGUGUAUACAGAUGGAAAUAGAGUUACACUCUAUACCAGGUUUAGAAACAAGAUGGGAAGAAAUUUGUUGUUUGUUUUUACUUUAUUCACACAGUGAAGUAAAUGAGAUUAAAAUUUCUUCUUUAAAAGCUCUUAGAAUAUCAAUUAAAACACUAUCUAAAUCACAACGUCAAAAUUACUAUAAUACUAUAAUUGAUUUAAUUAAAUCUAAGACAACAAAAGAAGUAACAAAUGAAAUGUUGAAUGGGUUCAAGGAAAUUGCAAAAUACUAUAAUGAAGAAGUAAUGACUUUUAUCAUUAACUCUAAUAUUGGUGACUUCAAUGAAUCUUCUGACAUUUAUUUAAAAUCAAAAUAUUUGAAAACUCUCUGUUCUUUAAUAAAUGAGAAGUAUUUUUACCCAAUAAUCAAUGAAAAAUUAUGUAAGUACAUUGGUUGCAAUCAAGAAGUUACUAAAAUAGCAUUAAAAUAUUUAAGAGAACUUUGUGAAAAUUCAGAGAGUGAUAAUUUAUUAUCAUAUUUUUCUGUAGAUAAUGGUAUUAUGAAUCAUUUAUUUAUGUUUUGGAUUAAUGAAAUAAGUAAUUGCAAUUGUAAUGAAUUGCAACUAAAUGAAACUUUUCUAAAUGAUACUUCAUUUAUUAUAAAUUGUAUUAUGUGCACCUUAAGUAGUAGUGAUCAAUUUCAAAUCAUAACAAAAUACAAUCAAUAUUUUGAUGAUAUUCAAAACAGUUCAAUAAUUUAUGAAGAACUAACUGCUGAUAAACAAAAAAAAUUUUCUUACUUGAUUGUUUUAUUAGAAAGUUUACUUAAUUCAUUGAACCCUUGCAUUGAAAUUAAAAAUAUUACUUUAAUAGUGAAGAAUUGUAUUGAAAUGGCAAUAAAUACUAAACUUUCUAUAUGUGCCCUAUCAGCAUCAAGAUUAACUGCCACUUUAAUAAAUAAAUACUUUAAUGGUGAUGAGUAUGAUGUACAUUUAGAUAAGUAUAAAUUGAAAUUAGAAGGUAUUAUAAAAUUCCCUAAUACAAAUAAACAAUAUGUAAUCAAUCAAAUGGCAUGGAUAACAAAAGCAUUAACAUUAAAAGGGCACAAUAAAAUGUUAAUAUGGGUUGACUGGCUAGUUAACUUAUUAGCUGAUCCAGAAUAUGGAAAAAUAGCAACUACUGGUUUUUUAUUGUUAACACAGACUGAUAAUCAAUAUUUGAGUACAACUUGUUUUUGUUCUAUCAAACUUUUGUAUAAACAAAGAUUCUUUUGUUAUGUAAUUGAACCAUUAAUUUCGCUAUAUAAUAAAUCAUCUGAACCAAUAAAAGAAAACUAUCUCACAAGUAUUUUGUAUCAAAUGAAUGGAAGUUCUUAUACAUCAAUUUCACCAUACUUUACUGAAAUUCUACCUAUUCUUCUUCAAAUUUUAUGCCCAGAACAAACUCAUGUUUUGCAGUCAUUACACAUUUUUUGCAGGUUAUUAGAGUCAAAAGCUUAUAUUUUGGAAGACUACCUACAAUCAUUUGUACCAAAAUUAUUAUUUCUUUCACAUAACUCAAAAUUAAUGAUGAUUCGAAUUAGAGCACUACAGUGCUUGUAUCAUUGUUGUGAUUUUUCAUUAAUUAAGCUUUUACCAUUAAAGAAAAAGGUUAUUUUUGAAUUGGCAAAAUGUCUUGAUGAUAAGAAAAGAUUGGUACGCAAAGAGGCAGUGAAAACAAAAUUUAGAUGGAUAAAUAUUGAUUCAUUAAAGGAUACUAAUUAAAUUGAAAUAGCAAGAAAAUAUAUUGUUUAGUUUAAAUUGAUUGUAAACAAACAAACCUUUACUAUUUCUAAAUUUAUGUGAUUCAUGUUUCGUGUCAAUAUAUAAUCAAAUAUGAAUACAA